UUUUUAUCGUGUAAUUUUAUUUACUCUUUUAAUAGCGAAUCAGCAGUGAGAAAUGAUUUGCACCGCGAAACCGGAAAAUGGCUGCUGAUCUAGGCGUGCUGAACGACGAUCUUCAGGAAAAAGUGAAGUCUUCUCGCAUUCUUGUCGUUGGAGCAGGAGGAAUCGGCUGCGAACUCCUAAAGAAUUUAGUUCUCACUGGUUUUAAAGACAUAGAAGUGAUUGAUCUUGAUACCAUAGAUGUUAGCAAUUUGAACCGCCAGUUUCUGUUCAGAAAGGAACAUGUGGGAAAGUCCAAGGCACAGGUUGCAAGAGAAAGUGCCUUAAAGUUUAAUCCAGAUGGAAAAAUAAAAGCUUAUCAUGAUAGUGUGAUGAGCACGGAGUAUGAUACAGAGUUUUUCAAGCAGUUUGAUGUGGUUCUGAAUGCACUGGAUAACAGAGCUGCGCGUAACCACGUGAACAGGAUGUGUCUGGCUGCAGACAAACCACUGGUGGAAAGUGGGACAGCAGGUUAUCUGGGACAGGUCACAGUCAUUAAAAAGGGUUUGACUGAAUGCUAUGAAUGUCAGCCUAAACCACAUCAGAAAACCUUCCCAGGAUGCACCAUUAGAAACACGCCCUCCGAGCCCAUUCACUGCAUCGUGUGGGCUAAACACUUGUUCAACCAGUUAUUUGGGGAGGCUGACCCAGAUGAAGAUGUUUCUCCAGAUACAGAAGACCCAGAACUGGCAGGGGAUGCUGGGAAGCAGGCAUUACAAAGUGAAGCCAAAGAAGACACUGUAGGAGGAAUAGAAAGGAAGUCAACAAGGAUUUGGGCACAGGAGACAGGAUAUGACCCCAUGAAAAUAUUUAAUAAGUUAUUUCGUGAUGACAUCCAUUACUUGCUGUCUAUGGAGAGUCUCUGGAAGAAGAGGAGACCGCCUGAGCCCUUGGACUUUGACAGUCUGCCAAAUACAGGUGGCAGUUCAGACAAUAUGAACCUCAUCCAUGACCAGAGGAUAUGGAGUGUUCAGGAAUGUGCUGAUAUAUUUAAACAGAGCGUAGACUUGUUGAAAUCUGAACUGCAGAAACAAGGGGAUGCAGGAAUCCUGGUUUGGGAUAAGGAUGAGCCUGCAGCCAUGGACUUCGUGACAGCAGCAGCUAACAUCAGGGCCUACAUCUUUGGUAUUCCUAUCAAAUCUAGGUUUGAUAUCAAAUCUAUGGCUGGCAAUAUUAUACCUGCCAUUGCCACUACAAAUGCCAUCAUAGCAGGGCUGCUUGUCAUGGAGGCGUUAAAAAUCCUCUCUGGAAAUAUUAAUGACUGCCGAACGGUCUACCUCAACAGACAUCCUAACUCCAGAAAGAAGCUGCUUGUUCCUUGUAUGCUGGACCCCCCAAAUCCAAAAUGUUAUGUCUGCUCCUCCAAACCAGAGGUCACCGUCAAGGUCAACACCACCUCCAUGACAGUCAAAUCUCUGGAGGACAAAGUUAUAAAAGGACAGUUUGGGUUGGUUGCACCAGAUGUAGAGUUAGAUGAUGGAAAAGGGACAAUUAUUAUAUCCAGUGAGGAGGGGGAGACAGAAGAGAAUGCUGCAAAACCCUUAAGUUUCUUUGGAAUCAAGAACGGCAGUCGUAUUAAAUGUGAUGAUUUCUUGCAGGAAUAUAAUCUCAAUAUAACUCUCCUUCAUGUAGAUAAACUAGAAGAAGAGAAGGAGUUUGAAGUAGUAGGAGAUGUCUCUGAAGUGCAAGCCAGAGCUGCUGAGGCAUCUGCAGCAGCAGCAGCAGCAGCCACAACUGUGUCAUCCUUUACUCCAUCCAACACAGCUCCUGAUAAUAGUGCUUCAAACAAUGGUCAGGGCCAAACAGAGAUUGAUGAUGAAGACGAUUUAGAAAUUAUUGAAGAUGAGGAAGAGGAAAUGAUUGUUGAAACAAGUGCUAUAUCUCGGAAACGUAAGGCAGAUGAGGUGGAAGAACCAGCUUCGAAAAAAGCCAGAAAGUUGAACAGUGAACAAGUUAACGAAGAUGAUGACGCUAUUGUGGUCCUAUAACCAGUAUGAACUAGAAAUGUUAUAGACUACAGAAAGAUGAUUAAUUUUAUAUUUAAAAGUAACAUUCUACAAGGACGUUUGUCGAAUGGGGGGAUGUAGACUGAAGUAAAUAAAAAUAUAUUAAAACUUCUAUCAGAUAUUUUCUUUUCCAAAUGAUGGGCUUUAAAUAUGACAAACCAAAAGAUAUUUUUAAUUUGAGCAGAAGGUUUGUCUGCCAGUAUUAAGGUAUGUAGGUUAGGUAGAUUUUUCCCAUUUCAAAGUAUUAGAACAACUGUGCAAAACUGAAUGUUAUUAUGAAAGUUUUUAAUGAGGGCGUUCAGCCAUUACCACUGUACUUGUGCAGUCUGAUACAUGAUGGCAUCACUUUGUCAAGAACUAUAUUUUCUUUGUUGCAAUAAUGAUGACAGUUAAAUGGUGAAAUUAUUAGAAAUCUCAGUCUUUUUGAACUCGAAUAAAGAGACCAUCUCCAUUCUGUGAAAGCCACUUGUACAGUGUAUUGUUCUCUGGUCUUUGAUGUAGUUCUGGUCAGAGAACAAAAUUAUUUGUCAUUUCCCAUUUCUUUUGAUCAAAAGGAUGGGGGAUUCCACAAGCAGGCAUUUAAUUCAUAGAUUUAUAUGCAAUGCACAACUGUGUUUUAAACAGAAAAAAAAAUUCCUGAUCUCCCUUCUUUACCACCAUCAACCUUAUCCAAACCUGCAGAGAAAAUUAAUUGAGAUCCGUAAACCAGCUUUUGAGCUCUUUAUUUGCAAUUAGUACCAUAAGAAAUUAAAGUCAGAAAAGAUGAUUUUGAACACUUUCUACUGAACUCCAUACAGCAGCCAUUCAGAAUGAUCUGAGCAUACACUUUUACAAAGUGGAUACUCAACCUCCACAAAACUCGGUUUGCAAUAAUGGUAUUUUGGCAUUUUUUGUGAAAUCUCUAUUUUUUCAUCAUAAGUGAUGGUAAGAGUUUAUCUUCAUUAAGUUCCAUUUCAGUUUACUGUAACCACAGCAUUACUGUAACUAAAAUUCAUGCUUUUAAGCAGAAUGCAAUGCUUUGUAUAUGUCUCUGUACACUGUUCUUAAAAGCUUGUAUUUUCAGAAAAAAACCUUUUGCGUUUCAUUCUCUCUUUUUAACAAACAUCUUUGAAUGAAACGUUUGAAUAUAUAUCCGAUUCUGGUCACAAAACUGCACAUACACAGUACAGAAAGGCUAAUUCUACUUAAGCACUGACAUCUGGAAACCAAAACUAA